AUGGAGUCAGAGCUAUCUCCCAAGUUCGCCCCCUUUGUCGGCAUGGCCGGCAUUGCGGCCGCCAUGGUUUUCGGAUCCAUCGGCGCCGCCUACGGCACCGCGAAAUCCGGCAUCGGCAUUGCGGGCGUGGGCACCUUCCGGCCGGACCUCAUCAUGAAGUGCCUGAUCCCCGUCGUCAUGUCCGGCAUCAUCGCCGUCUACUCGCUCGUCAUCUCGGUCCUCAUCGCCCAGGAUCUGUCCCCGCCGGGCAACGAAAGCUACUCGCUGUUCUCGGGAUUCAUGCAUCUCGCGUGUGGAACGGCGGUCGGCAUGACGGGUCUUGCGGCAGGCUACUGCAUCGGCAUUGUCGGUGACACUGGCGUCCGUGCUUUUAUGCAGCAGUCUAGGAUCUUUGUCGGCAUGGUCCUUAUUCUGAUUUUCGGCGAAGUGCUGGGACUCUACGGCCUUAUUGUCGCCCUCCUCCUCAACUCGAAAAGUAAGGGCUGA